UUCCGCAUUUCAAUCAAUUUCAAAAUUUAAAAAAAACGUUGACAAUCAAACGCGUCUUCUUCAUAUCAAAUAAGACGCUAAUGAAGUACAAAAAUAUGUACAAAUUUAGAAUCUGGCUGUUACAAAUAAUCAAAACACAGCUUUAGCCAACGGAGUAUUCAUUAGGAUUUGUUAUAUUAGUUUGAACGAAAGUAAAUAUACACAUUUAACAUGUUUGAAUCGACAACGAUUGCAAGCGAAGAGAUUUCUUUGUGGCAAAAUCUUCCAUCGCCAGUGCAAGAUGAUGUGUGCUUCUCGGCGUUUCGUGAUCAAGUUCAAAAGGAAAAAACGCUAGCAAUUGAUGUUGAUGGAUCCGUUGGAGAUGAAAAAUUGCUGAUGGAAACUCGUACAGAAUCCAAGGAGAAAAUUGAAACGAUGAAGAAAAAAGGGAAAAGCAAGUGGAAAUAUGUGAUAUUUUUCGCUAUAUGGUUGAUGUCUGCAUGGCAUCUCUUGACCGUGAAAGAGAAGAUUUUGAUCAAACACGAUAUUUUGAUGGAUGCAAAGCACAUAAAAGCUUUGAAUUUAUCGUACAGUGAUUAUGGUUCAAAGAUUGCUGUUCGUGUUGUUGGUUCGUUUCGUGAAAAUUCGAGCUUAAAUGGAGACUUUUUGAUACUGAAUGUUCAAAAUCGAGAUAAAACGGAUAUCAGUGUGGUGAAAAUCUUCGAAAUUGAUCAUUCGAACUAUGAAGUAUGCACGAUUACAUUCGAUUUUUACCCGGAAACAUCAUCGUUACAAGCAUUGAACUUGACUUUCACCAUGGCAACAAACGUUGAAAAUACAAUUGCAUUUCAAUUGACUGUGGAUGCGAAUGCGAUAGUGCCGGAAAUUGGUGUGAUAUCAGCUGUAAUAAUUCUGAUCUUUUUGAAUGUUCUGAUUGGAGCUGAGAUUGUUCACCGCACUGUGGCGGCUAUUUUUACGACAUUUACAUCGAUUGGCAUUCUGGCCGCCUUACACAAUCGACCUUCAAUGGGUGAUAUUAUAACAUGGAUUGACUGCGAUACAUUACUGCUAAUAUUUUCAAUGAUGGUUUUAGUCGCAAUUCUAACUGAUACCGGAUUUUUCGAAUACAUUGCAGUUUACACAUAUCAAAUAAGUCGCGGCCAAAUUUGGCCUCUUAUCUUCACAUUGUGCGUGAUCAGUGCUAUGAUAUCAAUGUUUUUAGACAACGUUACAACAAUCCUACUGAUGACACCCGUUGUUAUUAAAUUAUUCGAAUGUUUGGACUUGAAUCCAGUUCCGGUAUUGCCGUUUAUCAUACUGAAUAUAAAUAUAGCCGGAUUGACAACGCUUAUCGGUCAUCCGCCGAAUCUGUUAAUCACUGAAAAUUCAUAUGUGGCCCAACAUGAUGUCAACUUCUUAACAUAUGCGAUGCAUAUGAGCGUUGGGGUCAUACUCGCACUCAUUCAAACCAACAUUCAUUUGCGCAUACAGUGUCGUAAUAUUCAUAAAAUGGUGAAACUUCCGGUAAAUAAAGGCUGUGAACUUAUGAUUUGGCAGAAAUGCUUCGAUGACAUCGAACUGAACGACAAAAAAGAUGAUGUGAAAAACUUGAAACUGAUUCUGGCCAAGAAAAUCGAAUCAAUAAAAAGUACAAACAACGAGAGAAAGGACUUUGUUCAUAAGAAGUACAACGAAAAAACAUUCCCAUCGUCUUUGGAGCAUCUAAAGAACUUGUAUCCGAUAAAAGACCUGAAGCUCUUCCAAAAAGCGAUCACCAUUUUACUGUUUAUCAUUUUACUGUUUUUCAUUGAAACGAUUCCAACUAUUCAAAGACUUUCACUGGGAUGGUGUGCAUUCAUUGGUGUCAUGCUUUUACUUGUGAUUACAGAUUGCGACAUGGAAUCAAUCUUGCAACAAGUUGAAUGGGUGACGCUAUUAUUCUUUAUGGCGAUGUUCAUUACAGUGGAGUGUUUAGCACGGCUUGGUUUAAUCAAAUGGAUUGGAAAACAAACCGAACAAUUGAUUCUUUUGGUUGAUGAACCCAUGCGCUUGUCAUUUGCUAUUAUUAUUAUUCUCUGGUUUUCAGCUUUAUCCUCUUCAGUUGUCGACUCUACACCUGUCACAGCAAUGAUGGUUAAAGUAUUGGAUUCAUUUGCUCAAAAUGAAACACUAAAUCUACCUAUGAAGCCCAUUGUUUUUGCCCUCGCUUUUGGACCUACUCUAGGAGCGAAUGGAAAUCUCUACGGUGCAUCAUCAAAUGUUCUGUGUGCGGGAGUCGCAGAGAAACUUGGUUAUAAAAUGACAUGCUCACAAUACUUUAAGUCUUCAACGUCUGGAACAAACGAACGGCUGGCAGAUAGUAACAUCGAAUUGAAUCAAAAUUGCUCACUUUGGGAACUUGAGAAUAGUCAUCGAUUGGCUAAAUUUAUGCACAUAAUUGUGUCCGCCCGAAAAGCAGUCAUGAUCGCUGUAGCUAAGGGCCAUGGCGGUGUUUUUCGUAGAUACGGUUUUGGUAUCUAG